AUAUCUUUCGGCCAAUGUAAUUUGCCAAUAUCCACGUCGUGGGAUGGUUUUACAAGAGCUUGAGUGGAUACUUUUAGAAGCACAUUUUAAUCUCCUGGAAUACCUUGUUCAACAACCAAAAGGAAUAGAAGAUUGGAUAAAAAGAAGAUGUGAUGCAUUAUCAGCAUUGAUUCGACUUGUUUCUAUACCUCCAUGCAAGAAGCUUUUAGAUAUUCAGGAAAAGGUCUGCCAGUUAAGAGUCAUAGCUACACCAUGUUGCAGCGAUGCCUUAUACCGUUUAGGAUUAGCACAGCUUGCUCAAUAUGAUAAUGACCCAGAUUCUAAAGAUGCGCCUCCAUUAAUAAGAGACGCUCAAAUGACUUUCCAAGCAAGUAUUAACCUUGAAAACAAGCCAUCUUCAGGACCUCCACUGGCAGAAAUAUUAAAUCAGCAGUGGUGGAAAGAUUGGGAAGUAAAAGAAAAGAAUAUAAUAAUUCAGAAGUACCAAGAUAUAAACAGAGAAGGAACGUCUGCUUCAGUUACAAGUCAAUCCAUUACUGAUGCUCCUAAAGGGAAGUUGGGUACUGCCAAAGGAGGUACAUCAAAGGCUGUAAAAAGUAACAUGCCUAUUCAAUUAAAAGUUCCCCUGUCACAGCGACUUGCUUCUACAAAAUCCUCUGGUGCCAGUGUUGCUGCUCCUAUCAGCACAGGGCGAAGAGGAGUUUUGAUAUCACCAAAAAAUAAAACAACAUCUACAUCUGGGAUGUUUGUCUGUGGAUCACAAGCUCUUUCAACAUCUAAAGUGAAACCAUCUUGCUCACCUGUUGAGGCAAAGGCCCUUUUAGAGAAAGAUGAACCUAAGACUAUGGGAAGUGAAAGUUCUGAAUUGGUGUUAAUAAACCAACCAUCACCUUACUAUCAUCUAGGCCUUGCACAAGCUUAUUCUCGAACUGAGGAUAAGCAAGAAGAAGCGUGCAAACUUUACUCGGAUAUUAUUAAAAUGGCACCAGAAGUUAAUGAUGCCUACAUUGAAUUAGCUAGUAUGCUAAUGAAGGACAAUCCUCUUGCUGCUGUAGAUAUCUACUGCAAAGUCCCUAUGAAACCUGUUAAGGAACAGACUUUUAACGAUGCAUUCAUAACAGGAGAGAUUGUGCGUAUAUUAAUAAAACAUGAAAAGUAUGAUCAUCCAAAGUUAGCUUCCAACAUGAUUGCAUACGGCAAAGUCAUGGGGAUAGGAUGUUUGGAAAAAUACAUUCAAAUUCUUGAAGGAAAAUUUAAAACAGAUCUUCUUAAGACUGUUUAUGCUGGAAUCCAUGAUAAAUCAGAAGAUGAUGAAGAUUUGCAGACAUUCUUUCACUUUAAAUGCUGGAUAUGAUUAGAGUAUGCAUAACAUUUAUUGAGAAUAGGUAAUUUUGUGCUUCAUUUUUAUAAAAAGUUGUGAUACUUUUAAUGUUUUCACUUAACUUUCAGUUUCCUUAGAAUUGUUGCACUGUUUUAAUUGGUCUUACACUAAAAUACC